CUCUUCCGGGUCCGGAACGGCUCCAAUUGUACCGACCCACCCCGAAGGGAGCCAGAAACGGCGGCAGCGGGCGGAUAGGGGCGAGCCGGGGGCCCAGGCCCCCGCCGGUGGUAACCCCGCUCUGCGUACCUCGCGGCCUGGCAAAAUUACAUUCGGCCGAGAGUUCUCGCUAGGGAAGUUCUCUGAAUGCCUCCGAGAAAAAAGGGCCGGUUCCAUCUCACUGAAGAAUUCCCCCUUUGCCGCCGCGUGCGUUUCCUCAGCACCUUAGGAACUAAAGCCUAACUCGUGCGAAUUGUGGCUUGAGCUCAAUCCCUGGGCAAGAGAAAGGGGAUCCUCGGGGUUCCCGGCUCGCGGCCCUUUUCUGGACAGGCAGCUCCUUGGACACCUGGCUGGGCCGCGUUGCCUGGCAACGGUGGGGUCCUUCUUGGCUCCGCGGCGCUUGGGGCCUGAGGGUAGAAAACCGCCGCGAAGGGCGCUGGGGGUGGGGGUGGUGGCGUUGGUGCGGGAGGUGGCCGCGUGACGGCUACGCGGGCUUGGAGCGCCUGGGCGUCCGACCUCUGCACCUGAGAGAAGAUGGACACGGCCGACCAAACCCUAGUGGGGCCCGCGGACGAUGGGCCUGCGCCGCCCGAAGAGGAGGAGGGAGAGGGGGGCAGCGAGGCGGGCAGCGAGGCAGGCGGGAAGGAGCCGGGAGCGGACGCGGCCCCGGGGCCCAGCGCUGCAUUCCGCCUCAUGGUGACUCGGCGGGAGCCGGCCGUGAAGCUGCAGUAUGCGGUAAGCGGUCUGGAACCGCUGGCUUGGUCCGAGGACCACCGCGUGUCGGUGUCCACGGCCCGCAGCAUCGCUGUGCUGGAGCUUAUCUGCGACGUGCACAACCCGGGUCAGGACCUGGUUAUCCACCGCACCUCGGUGCCUGCCCCUCUCAAUAGCUGUCUCCUCAAAGUUGGCUCAAAAACAGAAGUCGCUGAAUGCAAGGAGAAGUUCGCCGCCUCCAAGGACCCCACGGUCAGUCAGACUUUCAUGUUGGAUAGGGUGUUCAACCCUGAGGGGAAGGCUUUACCACCAAUGAGAGGCUUCAAGUACACCAGCUGGUCUCCCAUGGGUUGUGAUGCUAAUGGCAGGUGCCUCUUGGCAGCACUGACCAUGGACAAUCGCCUGACCAUCCAGGCGAAUCUCAACAGACUGCAGUGGGUCCAGCUGGUUGACCUGACUGAGAUCUACGGAGAACGUCUUUAUGAGACCAGUUACAGGCUCUCUAAAAGUGAGGCCCCAGAAGGAAAUCUUGGGGAUUUUUCUGAGUUUCAGAGGAGACACAGCAUGCAGACCCCAGUCAGAAUGGAGUGGUCAGGCAUCUGUACCACUCAGCAGGUCAAGCAUAACAACGAAUGCCGGGACGUUGGCAGUGUGCUCCUGGCCGUCCUCUUUGAAAAUGGUAACAUCGCCGUGUGGCAGUUUCAGCUGCCAUUUGUAGGAAAAGAAUCCAUCUCUUCAUGCAACACAAUUGAGUCAGGAAUCACCUCUCCCAGUGUAUUGUUUUGGUGGGAAUAUGAGCACAACAAUCGAAAAAUGAGUGGCCUUAUUGUGGGGAGUGCUUUUGGACCUGUAAAAAUUCUUCCUGUCAAUCUCAAAGCAGUCAAAGGCUAUUUCACGUUAAGGCAGCCUGUUAUCUUGUGGAAAGAAAUGGACCAGUUGCCUGUGCACAGCAUCAAAUGUGUGCCACUUUAUCACCCUUACCAGAAGUGUAGUUGUAGCUUAGUAGUAGCUGCAAGAGGCUCCUAUGUAUUUUGGUGUCUUCUUCUGAUCUCCAAAGCAGGGCUGAAUGUUCACAAUUCCCACGUGACAGGUCUUCACUCACUCCCUAUUGUCUCCAUGACUGCAGACAAACAGAAUGGAACGGUCUAUACUUGCUCGAGUGACGGAAAAGUGAGACAGCUGAUUCCCAUUUUCACAGAUGUUGCAUUAAAGUUUGAACAUCAGUUGAUUAAACUCUCAGAUGUGUUUGGCUCAGUGAGGACUCACGGGAUAGCAGUGAGCCCCUGUGGUGCGUACCUGGCCAUCAUUACCACUGAGGGCAUGGUCAACGGCCUCCACCCCGUUAACAAAAACUAUCAGGUCCAGUUUGUUACUCUCAAAACCUUCGAAGAGGCAGCUGCUCAGCUCCUGGAAUCAUCUGUUCAAAACCUUUUUAAGCAGGUAGAUUUAAUAGACCUAGUACGCUGGAAGAUUUUAAAAGAUAAACAUAUCCCUCAAUUUUUACAAGAAGCUUUGGAAAAAAAGAUUGAAAGCAGUGGAGUCACCUACUUUUGGCGUUUUAAACUUUUCCUCCUGAGGAUUUUAUAUCAGUCAAUGCAGAAAACCCCUUCAGAAGCCUUGUGGAAACCCACCCAGGAGGACUCAAAAAUCUUACUAGUGGAUUCACCUGGAAUGGGCAAUCCUGAAGAUGAACAGCAGGAAGAAGGCACUUCUUCCAAACAGGUGGUGAAGCAAGGCUUGCAGGAGAGGAUCAAGGAAGGAGAUGGAGAGGAGCCCCUGGAUGACUCACUCGCCCAGACUGGAGAUGCUGGAGGCCGUGAGCCAAUGGAAGAGAAACUCCUGGAAAUCCAAGGGAAAAUUGAAGCCGUGGAGAUGCACUUGACCAGGGAACACAUGAAGCGAGUCUUAGGAGAGGUGUAUCUGCACACCUGGAUCACAGAAAACACUAGCAUCCCCACCCGAGGACUCUGUAACUUUUUAAUGUCUGAUGAAGAGUAUGAUGACAGAACAGCACGGGUGCUGAUUGGACAUAUCUCAAAGAAGAUGAACAAACAAACCUUCCCUGAGCACUGUAGUUUGUGUAAAGAAAUCUUGCCAUUCACAGAUCGCAAACAGGCAGUCUGUUCCAAUGGCCACAUUUGGCUCCGGUGCUUCUUAACCUACCAGUCCUGCCAGAGUUUGAUAUAUAGAAGGUGUUUGCUCCAUGACAGCAUUGCCCGGCAUCCAGCUCCAGAAGAUCCCGACUGGAUUAAGAGGUUACUGCAAAGCCCCUGCCCUUUCUGUGACUCUCCUGUCUUCUAAAUAAUCAGUGACAGAAAGAUGGAAGGACAUAAUGAAUUCUGCCAUAGAAAACUUCAGCCUGAAGAAAAGGAUGUGCUGGAGGAAGCCUGACCCUCAUGAGUGGAGAGAAGCCCUUGGUGACUGUGAAGAGGCCCCUGAAGCUGAAGCUCAUUUCUGAAAGGCACUCUCAUCUCCAGGGACUCAAGGAUGUCCUUUGAAAUGGCUGAACUCAGAGAGUUGGAGUCGUUUUGAGAUGAGCAUUAGCCCCGGCUUUGUGACCAAUGAGGAACACUUACUUUUAAAUAUCUUGACGGACAUAAUUUGAACACAACGUCCCGUCAUUUCUAGGAACAGAAUGGUCUCUUCUAGAGAGUUUGGAUAAGGACCUUGCUGGGUUGAGUUAGGUUUUAAUCCUUGCUUUGGUCUGGAACUGCUGACUGGCUCCAGAACUUAAUUGCUUGCUCCAUGGCAUCUGAUGUACCAACAGAGAUUAAAAGUAUAUAAAGCAAUGCAUGGGCAGGUGUUUUGUUCUCAGAAAAUAGCUGCCGAUAUGCAUCCCUCCAUUCUUGUUUUUCAUGAUAAGAAAAACAUUUUUUUGAAACACUAUAUUCUUAGUUGAAGCCAAGACUAAAGUUUACUGUGUCAAAUGAUCUGGUGACUAUUAUGAUUAAUAAUUGUGACUUAUUUUUCAUUCUCUCCUGUGUCAUCAGGUUUCCUGACCCAACUCCUUAACCUGCAUAAAGAUGUCAAAUACUGGAGUUCACCCACGUCACAGCCCUGCUUCAGACUUAACUGUGGUAGCCUAGAUGAGGUGUUUGUACACAGAGGAAAAACAUACCUUCCUCUUUUAGUAAUAAUUACAACUUUUAGUAUUUUCAAUGUUGACAUUUCCAGAUGUUUCAUUUAGUGUCCAGGGGUCUAUCUAGAGACUUCUAGAGAGGGACAGCUCAGAAGUGAGACCCUUGAGCUCUGGUGCUGUGUAAGCUAUACAAUUCAGCUGAACAGAGCCUGGGAAUUUCUUUCCUCUACACAGUUCCUUGAUAUUUGGAAUCCAGGUUCUGCCCCCACCUCACCCCCACCCCCAGUGGUCUGUUAAGAUGUCCCAGACAUCAGUUUGAUUGAUCAUGCAAUCAAAACCUAAAAGGGGUUCUGUAAUUAGCGUUCUUGGAUUCUGAAACGUCCAGCGGGGGUUGGUGCUAAUCAACAGGACUGUAGUGUACACAUCUUGAAAUGGUACGUUUUCCUGGAAAGUUGGGUAGGACAUGUAAAAUAUGAGAUUCUUUUUUCUUGUAAUCCUUUUGGUCUUUAAUGUAAUUUCCUGCUUUUAUUUUGUAUCCUUAGUGAAAGACAUUUUGUCCACACUUUAGAAAUAACAUUGAGGCCAGGCACCUGUAAUCCCAGCACUUUGGGAAGCUGAGGCAGACAGGUCACUUGAGGCCGGGAGUUCAAGACCAGGCUGGGCAAUGUGGCGAAAAUACUAAAAAUACAAGUUAGCCUGGCAUGUUGGUGCAUGCUUGUAAUCCCAGCUACUCAGGAGCUGAGGCAGGAGAAUCACUUGAACCCAGGAGGCAGAGCCGCAGUCAGCCGAGAUGGUAUCACUGCACUACAACCUGGGCGAGACUGGAGAUUCUGCCUCAAAAAAAAAAAAAAAAAACGCCGACACGUGGAUAACACUGUAACGGCAACCUCCCCUCCAACCCGGCAUUGAUUAGUGGAGACAAAGCCCUUGGAGGCACUUCCAAACAGUCUGCUCUGAAAUGUCUUCUGUUUCUAUUCAAAUUGCUGUUUUGUCUCCUCUGUUUAAUCAUGUAUUUGCUAUUAUCUUCUGCUUAUUUUUCUCCUUUUGGUAGUAAUUUCAAGAAGAGUGUUUAUUCACUAUGGAUUUUCAAAAAAGAAACUAAGCAGCGUUGAAAUCAUGAGUAAAAAUUCAGAACAUUGUAUGAAGUCAUUUGUGUCUGCAGUUUUUUUCACUUUACAAUAAAUAAGAGUAAAAAUUGAGAUCAUGUCAAAAAAUUAUUGCAGUUUUAAUCAUUAUGGCAUAGUUUCACUCCCGCCCCAAUUAGAAUCAGUAGGGAAUUGUUCUUCCUGGGGAGUUUUGGGCUGCUGCCAUUUAAAACAGGUUAAGUUUUUAUUUAAAACAGUUGUGCGUUUUUGAGAAAAUGUAACUAGUGGGAGUAACUAGAGAGGAUUUCCCAAAUUGUUUUUUUAUGUUUCUAAGGGAGUAAACAUGGCAACAGUUUUUCUAGAAUGUGAACUCUCACUGCAGGGACUUGACCCAGUGGCAUUGUUAAGACCAUAAAAUCUAGCCACACCUGCCUCUGCCAAGUUUCCACACACCCAGUUGGAAGGCCUUUCCCUGCCCUUGUGCCUGUCCCUCACCCGAGGAAGUUAAGCUACAGAGCUAGGGAAACAUUUCAAGUUAAUGGCACCCUUACAAAUAGUGCUUCUGAAUUUCUCUGAGGCUCAGCAUACCUGAUGGUAGUGUGUUGCUUCAGGGCAACCUUGGGGAAAUGAGAAUGGAACCAGAGGUUUUCUAAUUGCAUCUUGUAGUUAAAAUUUAUAUCCUCUAUAAAAGUUGCUUGAUCUUUGUGGUAGAUUUCAAGUUGAUUUCAGCUGUGACCCUAGUAACCAUUUCAGGAACUACAGAAAGUGAAAGUGCUAUUGCUGCACUGCAUUUAAAGUACAGGAGCAAGGAUUCUAUACAAUUAGACCCUUUAAGCUACAACAUUGUUGCAUUUUGAAAGUCUGAUAUGUACAUAUGUAUCACAUUGUCUCUGCCUGGGGUUAAUUUGUGCCUAUUAUUCUAGAUAAGAAAUUGAUAGCUUGUUAUGCUUGAUAUUCUUUCUGAAAUCCUUGUGUGUCCACCAGGCAGACUUCAAGCAAUCUCUACCUACUAUUAUAUCUGCCAAAACUACCAAUUAUUUUUCAGUGUCAGAAGUUAUUAGAACCACUGGCAAAGCUCAUGGUUGAAUGUGACAUUUUUCUGCUUUUCCCUCUAAGUUUUCGAAUGUGAACGUUGAAGUAUGCAGGUUGGACCUAUUAGCAAGUUUAACACGUUAAUUAGGUUAAAAGAAUGUUAAAGGGCAAUAAUUAAAUAGUUCAGUUAUUUUGUAAUUAUAAUGGUAUCAAAUAAGAUGCAAAAGAUGUUGAUUGGUGCUUGUUAAGACAAUGACAAAACUGGUUUUGUGAGCAUCAGUUCCCUGCAGCAGUUACACUGCCUGAGUUUGGUGAAUUGCUGCAAUUCCUGGAAUGGAAUCAGGAAUUAGUGUCACUGAUUGAUUGGCACAGGAUCUGUCCAUCCUUUCUGCUCCUGACCGACCUCUCUUGCCUUGCCUUUCCCCAGAUGCCCUCUUGGUUUCCCUUCCUUCAGUUCUCUCUGCUUCAGGACACAGAGCUAAGAGAUUACAUGUUGGAAAGAAGAAAAAUGGAUUAAUGAUGUUUCUAAAAGCUAAAUUGUGUAGUGAGUCUCACUUCCUAGAAGAAGCUAUUAGUAUUUCUUUCUAAAGGUAAUAGUAUUAAUUGUAUCUGGGUUUCUUCAAAACUUAACGAUAAUUUCCUUGUUAGGGUGCUCAGUAGCUCUUAGUUUCACUUUGGGCUGAGGGAUGUGAAAGUUUAGCUCCUUCCCACCACCUGUUUCCCCUCACUCCUACCCACAGCCAAUAUUCUUCAUAAGCAAAAAUUAUGAUUAAGCUAAGCUGAAUGUGUUAUAUUCAAAGUAAGUACAGACAGCAAAUAGGCAGACAAAUACAGGAAUGUCUACAAUUAGCCCACCACAGUCUCUUUAUACUCUUAUGUGUAUGAUGUAUCUUUAUACUCUUUCACUGCUAUUCUGUGUGUUGGAGUUUAGCAUUUCAGUGAGACUAGGGAGAGUCUCAAGAAUGGAACCUUUGCCCUCAAGGCUGGGGCAUUCCAAAUGCCUCUAAAGGAUCUAACAAUGAAUUGUUUUUAUUUUCGCCAUUAACGCAAGUAUCAACUGGCAGCCUCAAACAGCUUUAGACUAUGUGUGAAGUCUCCGAGUUAUGCUUAGAACUGCUCUUUCUAGAAGAUAAAAGAAGUUUUUGGAGAUCUGCUUCAUGUCUGCUAACAUGGUAUUGCCAUUCAACCUGAUACACAGCAUGUGAAAUGCAACCGUCUUUAAUGGGAAUUAAGCCCAACUUCAAGAAUACACAGACUUGCUUCUAGUUAAAGUAGUAUAGAAUCAUCAUUCUGAUGAAGCAGUGGGGUUUCUCCGAAGGUUGUAAACUCAUUUCCAUGGCACAGAUAGAAAUCAUUUUCAGGGCUUGUUAGCCAGUCCAUGUCUCGUUGAUAGGAUGCACCUGCCAUCUGCAUAGAUGGUUUCUUUUAAGAUGGUGCCAUUUUUGAAAACAUGCUGUGGAAAUAAAUUUAACAGAGGAAUAGUUAUUUGUAAAUCUGUCCUAGAAAGAGGUUAAUUCUUUUGGUAUAUGAAUAUUUCCUCCAACCCCUUUAACUAAUUAGGUGGUUCCGCUUAUUGCAUUUUCUGAGUUAUAACUAUACUCUAGGGCCAAGACCUAGAGUAAAACCUGGGUCCUAAUCAGUGGGUUGUUUAGAUCACUGUUAUACGAUUGAUUUGUCAGCAUUCUUUCUGGGCUUGAGAAGAGUUGACAAAGGUGAAAGAUUAUACUCUCAUGUUGAAAUGAUGAAGGUAUAGCCUAAGUGAAAUACUGAAAUGGGCUGGGUAGAAUUAAACUUUAGAAUUCUAAAUCAUGCUUAUUUUUAAAGUAAAAAGUUGCCUCACUAUCAUGAAAUCCUGUUACUUUAAUAAAAAAAUCCUGUAAAAUGGUCAAAUUGGACAAUGUAAGAGAUAAUGAUGGCUUUGAGGCAUUUCAUACUUUGGCUAACAGACUGGCAAGGCUUAGGGUUCUCUCCACUAAUGGAAAAUUAAAUGCAAAAUGUCCUAAGAAUUACGUUGUUUUCAAGACUUUGACCCAGAUUCGUACUUUGAUGUAUGAAAGUGAAUAUAAAACUUGUUUAUACAGAAAUAAGACUAUGUAGAAAAAUAAGUCUGUGUUGUGUAUAGUGAUACAUGUUUUAUGUUUACCCAAUGUCUGUACUAAGUUUUGUGCUUGGUUUUGAAUUAUAUGUGUGUUUACAUAUGACUUUUUUUUUUUUAAUAAAAAGAACAGUCAUCUAAAAACUUAAAGUUUUGGAAAGGAGAUGCUUUUUCAGUUCUUACCAUCUGAUUAGGUGGUAUGUUUUAUAGACUUUUGGUGUUUAAAGAAAAAAAGUUUAAUAACAACACAUUUUGCUUGGAAUACUCCCCAAUCCAGAAAAACUGGUGACUUCUCUCCAUUGUAUAUAUGUGCAUGGCGUUCAUUAUUAGAUUGUAAGCUCCUCAAGGGCAGGAACUGUUUUGUCUUUGUGGUUCCUGCAGCACCUAAUGUAAAGUGCCUUGCACAGGGUAGGUGCUCAUGACGUGUAGAAUGAGUGAGUAACGUCCUGCCUCAUCAGGAUGAAAUGUGGUUCACUUCCACUGUGUUCAACGACAAAGCCAACACCACCAGAAGAGGGCAGAGCUCUUUCUCGGGUUUGAACUGGCUUCUUUUGGGGGUUGAACCAGACCAUUCCACAUCCUUAGCACGACUUAACCUUCUUUUCCUGAAGAUUUCAUCAGUGUCCUGCGUUUUUUAUCUAAUAUUAGAGCUGAGGUUCCUAGGAAAAGUUUGAAGUGGGGAAGAUUAUGGAGAAAAUAAAGUGGAAAUUUGGGGAGGGUGGUUUGUCAGUAUACGGCCCUGUGGGGUAAUCAUAGUUUAGUUCUUACUUGUUAAAAGCUUAACAGAACCUCUGUUUCUACCAAGUCGCUGGUUGGCCAUUUCUCCAAUGGAUGAACUACCACUGGUUUUAGCUGUUUCUCAUUUUGGAUUCCCCUCAAUUGCUUACAUGAUUCUAGUACUUAGAGUCUAAUAAAGUUGCUGUGAAUAUCUAGUGCUGUACAUAAUGGCAGUUUUGUAAAUGCGAAAUAACCUUGAAUAUGUUGUGAUUUGUAUACAGAGCCAUUAGUACUGUUAUUUUGGACACUUUUUUAUUCAAAAUAAAUAACACAAUUAUUUGUA